UUGUCUUAUGUGCUGGUGUUCUUGAUGGCAGCUGUGUCGAUAGAGGGCACUCGGAUGCGAAGACUGCAUCCCUCGGGGGAGACUGAUUUGGUUGUCGGACUUCCGGGACAGCCGUCGGUAAAUUUCAAGCACUAUGCUGGCUACGUGAGCGUAAGUGAGCAUAGAUCUCUGUUUUACUGGUUCUUCGAGGCCAUGGAAGCACCCGCCACAAAGCCCUUGGUCUUGUGGCUCAAUGGAGGUCCUGGAUGCUCAUCUGUUGCUGGUGGAGCUAUCAGUGAGGUUGGUCCCUUCCUCGUCACAGAUGAGGGCUCUGGCCUCAGGUUCAACCCGUACGCAUGGAACAAAGUCGCCAAUCUCCUGUUCCUGGAUUCUCCGGUAGGAGUGGGAUUCUCCUACUCCGAUAGCUCAUCGGAUGCAAAGAACCUGAACGAUCAGAUAACCGCAGAAGACACACAUGCUUUCCUCAUUUACUGGUUUCUCAAGCAUCCCGACUUCAAGUCUCAGGAGUUGUACCUCGUCGGAGAAAGCUAUGCUGGGCAUUAUGCACCACAACUAGCAGAGGUCAUUGAUGAAAGAAACAAAGGAGCCAAGGACUCGUACAUUAAUCUUAAAGGCCUUAUGAUUGGCAAUCCAUUGAUUGAUGUCGAAGAAGAGCUAAGAAUUGCAACCAUAGACUUUGCUUGGAAAAAUGGAUAUAUAUCAGACAAUUUGUACCAGGCUGCAACCACUGCAUGCACACCAGUACCAGGCAGCAACUGCCCUGAGUUGGUAUAUGAGGUCGAAGAUAGCUUCUCGGAUAUUAUGUUUGGCAUCUAUUCCCCGACAUGCUCCAAGUUCAACACCAUUAAGAACGUAUGUUUUUCCCUUGCUCCACUGGAUACUGCCAGUAUAUUUAGGCGAUGA